AUGGUUGUGGAUAUAUUGACAAACAGAAAAUUAUGUUUCUCUAAUUUUUCGUUUGAGGUCCAAAAGGAUGUUGAUGAUCAUCUUACUAGACUUUUUUGGGCUGAUGAUACUUCAAAAGCCAACUAUAAAGAAUUUGGAGAUGUACUAUCUUUUGAUGCUACUUAUCAAACAAACAAGUAUUCUAUGGUAUUUUUUCUUUUUACUGGAGUUGACUACCACAAGCAUUGUGUUACUUUUGAUGCUGGUUUACUAGCUCAUGAGACAGCAGAUGCAUAUGUGUGGUUGAUUGAAGUGUUUCGUAAAGCAUUUGUCAAGCCACCCAUGAUGAUUGUAACAGAUCAUGAUUCAUCAAUGAAGAAAGCUGUUAAUUUUGUUUUUCCUGAAUCAAAGCAUAGACUAUGCAUGUGGCACAUCACUCAAAAACUUGAGGAAAAGAUUCCUAUCGAUGUUUAUAACCAUCCGGACUUCCACAAGACAUUUUUUGAUAUUAUAUGGAAUCUUCAAUGUUCUCCACAAGAUUUUGAAAGUUCGUGGUCAACAAUGUUAGAUAAGUUUCAUCUAAAAGAAAAUGACUGGUUAAGGUCUGUUUUUAAAAUAAGGGAUUUAUGGAUUCCAACUUUUAUGAGAGAUCUUGAACUUUCUGGUUUGAUGCAAACUACUUCAAGAUCAGAGAGUCUGAAUUAUGCUUUCUCACAUUUUUUGCAACAUAAAUCAAAUUUGGUGAAGUUCAUGAUGUCGUUUGAUAGUGCAAUGGAGAAGCAAAGGCAUCAACAAUCUUUAUUAGAUUAUCAGUCCACAACUACUACCCCCAAGCUAAGGACUCCUUUGGCUAUUUAA